AUGUCUUUAACCCUCCAGAGCGAAAGCUUCCAGCACAUUGUGCGUCUCCUCAACACGAACGUUGAGGGCAAACGCAAGGUCCCCUUUGCACUACGGAUGGUGAAAGGUAUUGGUAUCCGUUUCGCAUACAUGGUCUGCAAAAAGGCUGGUGUUGAUGUUGAGCGCCGUGCUGGUACGCUGUCACCUGAGGAGCUUGAGAAAAUCUCUGAGGUGAUCGCCGAUCCCGCGAAGUUCAAAAUCCCCGAGUGGUUCCUGAAUCGUCAGCGCGACCCUAAAACUGGAAAGACGGAGCACCUGACUAGCUCGAUGGUGGAUACACGCUUGCGUGAGGACCUGGAACGGCUGAGGAAGAUCCGUGCGCACCGUGGUGUUCGUCACGCCUAUGGUCUGCGCGUUCGUGGUCAGCAUACUUGCACGUCUGGCCGCCGUGGUAAGACUGUCGGUGUGUCCCGCACCAAGUAG